AAAAUUUGCGUUGGCACCCAGUGUCACAAAAUUUACAAUCUACUUACCCAAAAACUCCAAUAGCUCUAUUUGUUCGUUUAUCAAUCCAUUUGUUUAUAAUCAUAGAAACACGUAACGCACUGAAGUUUUAUCGUCCUAGUGUUGGUGCGCGUCGUCCGUGAACGGAGAAUAUUCCGUCUGCCCUCCCUCUAGCCGUGAUAUAAACGCACACAUUAAAAUAACCCCGGGCGUAACACACCGGCGACGAAGAGAGAGAGGGCGACUGACGAAAGGAGAAAAAUAAGUGAGACAGUGGGGAACAGAGUGAACUCGGAAUCACACAAGGCAAGAGAGAGAGAAAGUUGUAUUGGGGGCCGAUGUUUCCCGAGCCGUUCGUGUGGCGUUACAUUCGUGUGGCCCCGAAAAGAUGGCCGCCAUGAGAGCGUACGGUGGUAAUGUUGACGUCGUUCACCAAAUAACCGCGUCCAGUGUGUCAGCGUGAUUAUUGUUAGACAAUUAAACGCCUACGAAUAAUGAUAAACAGUGAUUUAUGCAAUCGCAAACUCAAUAACUGUGCGAACCUGUGAUCAACCAAACGCCGUGAAAAUAUUAUAUUUUUUUUGUUUCUUUUUCCCCUUUUUUUCGCUGUAUUCAGUGAGAUUGUUGAGACGAAAAAAAAAACGAGGGGAGUAAGAGAGAGAUAAACAGUGCGAGGAAAAGAGAGAGUGAUAUUACGCGUGAGGGUGAAGGAAAGCACGGCGACGAGGUGAGUGAAGUUACAUGAAAAAAUAAAAGUUUUUCCAUUGUGAUAUUGAUGAUUGUGGUUCGUUGUGAUUAUUCUACCUGCAAAUACAUGAAUUGGGUGAAGUGUGUGUGAGAGAGAGAGAGAGUGAGAGAGAUGAAUUUUGUGUGGAAAAAUGGCUGAUUAUUACGGCUCUGUUUAUUGUUAAUGUAAAUUUAUAGUUUUUCCAAUUCUGUGGGGUUUGUACGGAUGGGUGGGGGCGAUGGGGAUUUUAUGAGAAUGAGGAAAUUCGUGAUGCCUCAGGGCUCCUCUCAGCAGUGCUCCACGAAACUUCGUGUCAACGGACGGCCAUAUUAAUCUGGAGCCCCGCCGUCAUUGAAGUUUCGGCGGUGCAAAAGCUGGAGAAUAGUGAAGAGGGUGAACAUUUUGGCGAUUGCUAAAAUUGUUAAUCAACAGUUCCGUCAUAAACUCCAUAGUUGAGAUAAUAAUUAGUCAUUCAUGAUGACCUUGAGGCUUCAAUUGAAUUGUUGAGGGAUACGAUGGUCAUUGAAAAUUCGGUUUUUCACAGUUCUGUGUCCGUCGGGUCUGUCUCAUGACAGUGUUUCAGUUCAGUGCGUGUUUUUAAUGGUAAUAAAAUGUUGAAACUGAUGUCGAAAUGAUGAAUUGAGUGAAAAUCUCGUUGGUUUUCUCGAAUUCAAUCAUCUGUAAUAGUUUGUGGAGGUUCUGCCGGAGAUGGAAAACCAGUGGAUGGUGAAACUAACAACUAAACUCUUCAGAUUUGUUCUAAUAUAACGUGAACUCGAGUCGCCGAUGUUCCUGUGAAGGCAUUACCCCUUGGAGGUAUUUCAAAUGCAGAAAGGAAAUAAAAAAAUCAUCAAACUAAAGAUCAUCGUAAAUAGUGACUGAAGUAGUGGUAAAUAAAAUAAAACUGGGAGACUCGAUCUCGGAAGUAGGACAUAGCGGGCGUGUGACACUCGUGGGUGAUAGCUGAUGUCCGCCACGAGUCCUGCCCCUGUUGCUCCUGGAUGGUGCUUGUGGGCACAAAAAACGGCACGUCCAAGUGUCAUCACAACGGCCGCCAUCAUCAAAGUGCUUAGGUUACCACCGGGGCUGUCGCAAGGGCGAUCACCCUAUCGUUGUAAAAAAAUAUUGAAUAAUCAUUAUUAUUCGAGUUACCAGCGGCUGUUCGACAGAAAACACUGCUGGAUACGCCAUUGCUCUGAAUGUCUUCGCACAUCCAAAAAGCGUGCUUGGGGCUUGAAGCGACAUUGAGUGACAGCAAAAAAAAGUACGGCGACAAGGUGAAUGCACUCCUGUCUGCCUGGACGCAAGUCACCAAUUACAUUCCUACCGCAAGCCCAGAAGACACUCAGAAUCUAAUAGAAUGGGUCCACAAACACACCCUGGAUCUUGUACUACGCGGGGAGUGGCCAAAAUUGACACAAGCAACAAAGACUCAUCUAGGUGUAACUCUGCAGAGGUGUGCAAAUCAUCUUGCUCAACACCCUGCAGCAGCAAUAUGUACAUCACUGAUAUCAUUCGUACACAAUCCAUGGUCAAAUCCAGUAUUAGUGAAAAUAAUUAGCCGCACAUCGGACGAGGACAAGAAUUACGAUGUCGAGGAUGAGGAGGAAUUUUGUUGUUCGGAAAAGGGUGAAUUAUUAGUAAUGAGACUUAGAAUAUUAUGUGAGGAGCGGUGCGAGGACAUAGCAAUACAUCUUGCUGCUGCUUGCGUUCGUACUUUGAGGAGGAGCGAACGAUUGCAGGCGUUGUCGGAUACUCAGCACGUUCAGUACAUGAUUGAUCUAUACAUUGUUAUACUGUACAAAUUAAAACGCACUAAAGAUAUACUCGCUCAAUUAAAAUUAAUGGACUUCAAUGAUGGACUGGGGAUACUCCAGAGAUUAAGCGGUGAGAAACCAACAAAGUACAGAACUGCGCGUAUUUGGAGACUAUCGCCUAGAGCAGCCGAAGUUGUUGCACAGUAUUUGGCAACAGCGGGCAUGGUGGGAUCCAUUUCUGAUAUUGGGGGUAAUGUACUGGAGGAGAUUUUCAAUUCAUGGGCUAAAUUGUAUUCCAAAAACUCGACACAGUCAACACUGCCGGAGAUGAUCAGAAAAUUAAUUGAGCCAGCCGAAAGUGCUCAGCACAUCUACCUAUUCUGUGCUGUGCUCUUAAAGCAUUUUGGCGAUAGUAUAAAGCCCGUGGUAAUUGAAUCCUACAUCAGAGCACUGACAACUGAUAUGAAUGAAAUGGAAAAUCAAAAGGCCAAAUCCGACAAAGAGCACGAGCGUGAAAUAGCUAAACGCCUGAGUACCCAGUUUCUCAAAUUGGCUGAUGUUGUUGAAAGUAGUAUUGACAUUGCCAAGGAGUGUGUGUUGACAGCAUUCUCAUUACAUCCAACUCGUGCCUGUUACGACAGAAUACGUGAGAUUGCUGUGGCGUGUGGGAAAAUGAAGGAGAAUGGUUGUACAACUGAUGUAACUGUUAGUGACAGAUUGUCAAGUAACAUUGGCGAUGUAAAAAUCGAUUCUGGUAGGGCAGAAGGAAGUUCCAAAAUUUUAAAUGACAAAAUGAAAGCUGGUAGCAACGUUGAAUGCAGAGAUACACUAUUAAAAAGUUUGCUAUCAUCACCAUCCAAAAAGGAUCCACCUAGUACCUGCCCUCUGCAUCCCAGGAGCAAUUCCAUGACUCAAGGCUCAAUUGGAACUCUCUGUUUUAACUGUGGUGAAUUCACAGGCAUCGAUAAUACGAAAAAAUCAGUGGCAAAAUCAGAAUCAAAAGUUUGUCGAUCAUUCAACAGCACAACCAACUCAACAGUAUCAGAAAUGUAUGAAGAAAAGAGCCAUGCACCAGGCCAAGUGCUGGAUGGAGUAAAACUCGGUCUAUCUCGUCAGCUCUGUGACGACCUCCAAGUAGUCCUCAACAGUCCCAGAUACCACAACCUUAAUUGGGCUCUGGAUUGGACAGAGCUGAAUACCCUCUGCGACACCUAUCUUCACCAUGCUGAGGAAAUAAGAAACACGAACAAGGAGUUGAAAUACCUGAACAUUGAUUACAAUUUGUUUAAGAACUGGCCCUCGCCCCAAGCCUCAGACGAGGAAAAUGCAAUAGGUGUUUAUGGGAUUGAAAAGGGCUACGAGCCAUGGGUGGACGUGCCAUCAGACAACUCAGAGAGAUAUGGAUCAUCUCAGCCAGCUGCUGCCUAUAAGAGAACAACGCCGAGACGAAGCUUGGAGGAUUCAUCAGACUCGGACAGCGGGAGUUUAUUACAAGUAAGGAGAACAGCUAGACAACGUAAAUUAAAUCGACUUGAGUCGUCAGAGAGUGAUUACGAUAGUGGUGAACGUAAACCAAAGCAUUUUCGUGUGGAUUCAGGAUCUGUAUCAGAUACUGAAGACACUAAUACUCAGGACAGUCAGACUGACAGUCUCGGUAGUGAUGGUUGCAGACAGGAAAAGAAAACAAAUAAAACGUGCAAUAAAGAUAUGACGAAGGAGCGAAGCAAAUCUAAGCACUUUCGUAUGUUAGUUAAUGAAAAUAUAAGGCGACUCAAUGAUGAUGUCAAUGGAUCUGAUGUCAGUAAUGAGCAUAUUACUUUAUUCGCUGCUGACAUGGAUGAGAACAAAAGGGAGACUAUCAAGGGAUCAGCGUAUCCGUCUACACCAUUGAGAAUAUUGACUGAGAAACGAAGUGAUCCAGCUGUGCUCAAGUCAUUACGCAUGUUCAGACAUCAGAAUACUAAAGUUGUACAGAAAAAUAUUUUAAAUAACAAAACCAAGGACAAUGUAACGAAUAACAAUAAUUCAAACAGUGUUGCUAAAUUCGCACCAAUGCUAAGUACAUUGAAUUUAAACCCAAAAAUUGUGUUAACCAGGACUGAUGAAAUCGAUCGUAAAUUAUUGCAGUCGAAAAAGCCAACACUCAGUCCGGGGGAUUUAACGAGUGAACUCAUAAAUAUUCAGAAGAAGAUGCCAUUUUCACCACACAAAAAUUCGAUCAACUCAUUUCACAAACACAAAAGUGAUCCCAACAAUAAAAAUAAAAAUCACAAAAAUAGGAAAUCAAUUAAUUCAAAUCUGGGAAAUGAUUAUGGACUCUUGGUAAAAACAGUGAGAGACUCAGACAUAAAUACUAGACUUGCUAAAAAUGUUCCUGGAUUGAACUCCUUGGACAUGAUGGUGCCCCCGAGGGUGCAGUCUACAGUAAACGUGGUCCAACUCUCGCGAAAUAUACCGCAGAGUCCAAAUUCAGGGUCAAUAAACAGUGGCAACACUCCCCCGAGAAACAGGACAUCAAGCAUAGCAGGUAACAUUCAACUUCCGGGUACUCCAUCGUCUGGGGGUCACGACAGUGGCGUUGGGAUGAGUCCAGCUGGUCAAACUCCACCUCCAAGAUCUUCAGCACUUCAUGAUGUUGGCGAAGAGGCUAAUCAACCUCCAGACACAUCAUCGCCAGGAUCAACAAAUCCCUCGACUGAACCUGAUAGCCCAAGAGCUCAACGAAUAAGCCAGAAUGAUUCACCAAAUAAAUCACCAUCGCCAUCGUCAGCCGGUGGAACAGUGCCAACUUCAGAACAAAUUCAACUAGUUUAUAAACAGGAUGGAAUGUACCAACUUGCAUCUGGUAAUCCAAACCUUGUUACCAAUCAACGAAGUGUUUUAACUCUUCAAAAUUUAGAGGAAGGUACUGCUGUUCGUCAUGUCCAGAGAUUACAAGAGUCCACCACCAGGAACACCUAUGAAAGAUCUGGAGUCAAAGUCCAACAACAGCAGGGUGGCCAGAACACAGGUCUUCCAAAGUUUCAGCACGCGUUUGGAAAAACAAUCUAUACCUUAUCAACUGAGACCUCGACAACAGCGGCUUCAUCCACGACAGACACAAUCACUCAACCUCUUAGUAUUCAGAAAACAUCCACUAACCUCUCAAAAGCAGUCCAAACCUCGGUACCAAGUAGCCAAGCCAACAUCAAUGUACAGUCAAUAACAAACAUUCCAAAUUUACAAUUAACCGCUGGCAGAUCUAUCCUUAAUAUCGUACAGAGUGCAAGUGGGAGUGCAGGGGUUACGACUCCAACGGCGAAUCAGACGAUAACUCAGCUGGUUCAGAAUGCUUCACCAGGGGUUAUUUAUGCUCAAAAGAUCCCCAGUAAUGUCACAAUAUCGACGACGAAUCCUAGGCAGUUAAACCUGAUACCAACAAUUUCCCAUACAAACUCAUUGCCAGGAGGUAGAGCAGGUGUUGUUAAAUUGAAUAUUAUCACGACACCUCUGAGACAGCAGAAUAUAGCCAUCCAAGCAGCUUUGACUGGCUCAAGAAUACAAACUAAUCAGCAGAGAACGCCGGCAACUCCUCAGCCUCAACAGCCAGUGAGAACAGACUCUCUUCUGAAUGAAGUUACAAAUCCAGUGAGUUCAACAACACUGGAACAGCUGAGAGAAUUCGAGAGUGUCUUGGAACAAGUGAAGGAACGAAGUACGAUCCAACCCCAGCAGCACCCGAGCUCAACAACAACAACAACAACAGUGCAAACUCAAACUGCAACGCAACAGACUGUUGCAAAGCAGCAUGAUCAGCAGACAUCAGUGUCAGCUCUCGCUCAACAGCUCCUCAUUUCCACUCAGUCAUCCUCGAACUCGGAAUUCUCCAGCAACGGUAAUGCAGUGUCCUUUCAGCAAGAUGUAUUUCCUCAGAAGGUAUCUCUGGCUACCAUCACCCAGAGUAACGUAACAACAACGCAGAAAGUGACAAAUUCAACCCCAGUUGUUGUAUUCACGAGCUAUUGUCAGCCGGCUGCCUCACCAGCGCUCAGUGUCACUUCUCAAAGUUCCUCAAGCCCGUGUGUCACUCCAGCCCCAGCUUCGGUCCCUUCAGCUGGCAAAACGCCACCCACACCAUCUCCAAAGAGUAGCAAGAAGACAGUCCCUAAGACUGUUAAGACCAGCGCGACAAAUACGUCAAAAGCGUCACCAAUUCCCAAACCUCCACAGAAACCUCAGGAAGACGAGCAGACAGCCCAGAGGAUUUACACGAUUUUGGCUGAGUACGCCGAACAAUUACGAAAUUCUCCUGAUCUUAAUAACAAACCCGCUCCCAGAAGACGCUCGAAUCCUCCAACAAAUCCCAGUCAAUCGUCCAAGAGAAAGAAAUCUUCGGGUAAAUCGAAACCUUCUGGUCAGCAGUCCUCCGAGAUGAGCCCCAGUGCUGAAGACUUGGGGCGAACAAUGGGCUCUGAGGAUUCUUCCAGUGGUGUUGCCCAGGUCCAGGACUCGCCCGCAGGUUUCACCUCACAGGAUGAGGCUGCAACCCCAGCUGCAUCAGUAGAUUCUGCCCCAGAGACCACCAGAAAUACUACCAAUGACUCCAAUGAUGGAGUCGAGGUGAAUGUUAAACGAAGAAAUCUGUUUUUUACUGAGUCUGGUAGUGGUCAGCCUCGAGCGGUCAUUGUACAGGAGACAGUUCCAGCAGCUUCAGUCAGUGUAAGUGAAGCAUUAGCUACCGUAACUGGCAAAGUUGCUGGCACUGCUGCGGUAUUUGUCUCAGGAACUAACUACGUGUUGCCUAUGAAUUUGAUGAAGGGAACUCAGCAGUUUCAUAUAGUCUCUGGGGGUUCCAAAUUGUUGACUGUUCCUGGUAUGAGAACAGCUGGCACUACCGGGGUCUCCAAUGCUCUUGUUCUUCAGUCUUUUCUCAAUCAAGCUAGCAAAAUUAUUUCUCAACCUGGACAAGUGAAGCAGAUGAAGAUGCCAACAUUGCAAACUUUAACUGCUUCCCAAUCAUUGAAUACUCAGAGCGGACAGAAUACUUCAGUGGUUAUACCUCAGAGUGGCACCAGUGGCUUCACGAACGACUCUAAUGAAAUUACCAUUAAAACUGAAGCCCCUGAAAUCACUCCAAAAAGUGAGCCAACUACUCCAGUCAGCGAAUCCACGUCCACUAUUUUAGUCAACAAAUCCCCAUCGAUUGGAUUAAUUCAACGAAAUUUGUCGGACAUAACUGAGGGUCAACAGAUCUGUGGAGUUAUCACCAGUAAUCCUAAUUUGACUCUUCAGGGGACGAGGAUAUUCAACUCAUCGAUUGCUAAAUUGUCGAGUGGACUUAAAACUGAGAGUGUUGUGUGUCUGGCGCAGGCAUCGGGAACAUCGCAACAAUCUGAGAAAAAAUCGCAGGAGACAGCUGGAGAUAAACCUGUUCAGAUGCAUGGGACGAUAGCUCUGGCUUUUGCAACGCAGUCAGAAGUGCCACUAAUGAAUAAUAAUCAGAGCCAACAGGUGAAUCAGAAAGAGACGAAGGAGGUUUCUACGGAGAUACUAUCUGGAGACAAAGUGAUAUCACCAAAGUCAGUGAAGAGAAAAAUCGAAGAGACAUUGGAUAUUGAUGAGAAACCACCAGCUACACUCAUUUCCGGGAAUUCAAUCUCUUCUGGGAUCAUCACGUCUCUUCAGAGUUCUAUUAAAGUGGAGCCAGCAUCAGUGACAACAUCAGUCAGUAAAAUUGAAAACGCAGGGGAAUAUACAGUGUCUGAGCAGGCUGGCAGAUCGGAAGAUCAGCAGUCUCCUUUGAGACAGACAAACGAGACCCUCGAGACGACGAUAAAAGUAGAGAAUGGUGUUUUGUGUGGCAAUGCCAGACUCCAGGAAGCCUGGGAACCUGAGAGGAAAGCCUCCCCAGACACUCCCUGGAGGUUCGUCCCGUCUUCUACGAAUCAACUCAACAUCGAGCCACUGAAAGUCUACUCUAGAGACGGGGAAAAUUCAGAGAAUGUUCAGAAUGUACUCCAGAUCCUGAACAAGGGCCAGGGUAGUGAGAUGGCAAGUGGUCAGGUAUUCCAGACAAAUGCUAAAAAGUACUACAUGAACCACACGUUGGAGCCGUUCCAGCAAUACGCCAAAGGAACGAUAGUGAAAAAUCAGUCGAAUAGCCCUAGGGUUGACAGGGAGAUGCAGAGACUUGACAGGAAUCGUGCGGCACUGGAGCGUGAGCUGAGACUUCAGAAGAGUUUGUCAGAGGAGUGUGAGGAUCUGGGGGUGGAUGAGCCCAGCACGAGUGAUUUGUUUCCAGAGGCUGAUCUAUUCUUUGACACCAAUCACUCCCCCGCAUUCGAUCACUCCUCCCAGGACGCCUCUUGUUCUCAACCUCUUGGAGUGAAGUUCAACGCAACGUAUUUUCGACCACUAGACUCGUCCAGUGGUAGCAGAGAUGCCAGUCCAGUAGAUGUCAAAGUAAACGAAAGACGAAAAACACCUGGACAACGGGGAAGAGCCAUCAGAGAGGUCCUCAAAAGAACAAAACGAGAGAAAGCUGAGGAGAAUGUCCUGGGGAUUCCAGUCAAGCACAUGAGACUGAGUCCGGAGAACUUGAGUCAGGACGAUGGAUCGAGCACGUCAGAUACCUCCAGAAUGUCGCCAGGUCAUGUAGUCUCUAUGGAGAAUGAUAAUCAACAGAAGAUAGUGUCUAGGAAUGGCUCCCCCAGCAGUGCUUCCAUGUCAAUUCCCUCGACGAUGAAGUUGGACAUGGAUUUGGACUCUGAGUCCCUUCCUCUUACUACCAACAAUGCUACAGCCAGCUCUGAAGAGGAGUCUUUACCUCUACUGUCUACCAACACAACUGACGUCACGAUACCCUGUCCAUUGUCACCAAUAGCAGGCCCCCUGUUAUCCACGCACAAGUACACGUAUGCCAACAAAAAACGUGCAAAGUCAAAGGUACUCACUGCUGAAUAUCUGUCCUGGGAGAGUCCAAUAUCCGAGAGAACGAGGUCCAGUAGUGACGACGAAGAUUCGAGUAUCAGUGAAUCAAUGUCCAGUCAAAAUGAUGACAACGUCAUCACUAAUGGCAUGGAUGACAAUUUACAGGGGGUAAAGACAGAUCACUGUACGUACUUGAAGAAAGAUAAACUGGUCAAUGCCAGAGUUGUUCUUAAUCGUGCUGACACUAAAGCGAUUCUUGCUAAAAGGGCUAAGGAGGUAAUCAAUGAGGCUGUCGUCACCAGUGAUAAAACAUCAGAGGCUUCAGACGAUGAUACCUGUCAUGCAACACUCAUUGAACCCGAUUGUCGAGCCAGACGAUCGAGUCUCAGGGGACAUGUUAAGAAGGGCUGCGCCUGUUGCAAUGGAUCACCGGAGAGACCGAAGAAAAAGUCUGUCAAAGUUGAUCACAAGUUGAAGAAAAAAUUGAUCAGCAAACAAAUUGGGAAGAAGAGGUAGUGUUAGCGAUUGUACUCUCGCUUUCGUAAUUUACGAUUUAAUUGAUUGGUUGAAUGAGUGUAUUGUACUUGUAAAUUUUUCGAGAGGGAGAUACUUUCAACGGGUUUAACGACCAGACAAUUAAUUGUAGGUAAUACAUUUAGUACUUGCAGCACUUGACCAAAAAGUUAUUGAGAUGUUGGACGGAUUUAUCAGUGAGUAAAUGAAAUGAGGAAAUUUUUCAGAGUCGAAUUAUUUCAUUGGUAGAGCGAGAAGAGGUUAAGUAAUUUGGCUCUUUUGAAUCCGAAUUUUUCAUGGGUUUAUGAUAAUUUGUAUAUAAAUAGUAUGCUUGAUCAGUGUAUAGCUGGCUUGAAAAAGCUAAUUAUUGAGAUAAGGGUUAUAUUUAAAUGAGAGGGAGAGGGGGAGAGAAACAUUUUUAGAUAAUGCUCUUCAUUAAUGAUUAUUGAUUAAGAUUAAAUUUAUUGGAUUUAGGGAGGAGAUUUAUGCUCCUCACGAUGUAGAUGAUCGUUUUACGUUUAGGUGUUGUUAUAAUGAUACAAUGAUUCUAGAUGUAGACUUGGGUCGAUUAUCAGUGGCAAGUUUAGAUUAAUGAGGGAGUUGUGAAUUUAAUUGAACAAUUGGAAAAUGAAAUGCAAUUCUAGUCAGGUGAGGCUCGGGUCGAAGUUAUAAUUAAUGAACUUGUGAAGAGAAACUUAUUUAUAGAUUACUAGUAUGGCUUUAUGAACAGUAUCUUUUGAGGAGGAGAGGUUUUUUUAAGCUUAUUUUUCUUUUCUCAUUUUUCGAAAUGAUUUUGUUUAGUGUUUAUCAAAUGCCCGAUUGAACAGCUUGGAGGCAAUCACCUCGGGUCAACCAUGCGCUAUAUAUUUUUUUUUUAUUUUUAAUUGAUUUAUCGUUGCAUUGAUUAGGAUUGAAAUGGAUUUAUGAAAUUUUGGGGACUAAGUCUUUUGGGAUUUUCAAUUCUGAGCUGUAUUACGCACUCUCUCGCCUCUAGAUGAUUGUAACUUCAUCGAAUACGAACAAUUAUUUGCAUUGGCAUAUUGCGAUCGAUCAUUCAAUUAUUAUUUACUCAUCUCUGAGGAUUAAUCAUUCAGCAGCCAAGUGGCCAAACGUCAUAGAUUGACGAACAAUAAACUAAUUAUUGACAUCUCGUUAAAUGUAGGAUCAUCUCAAUAUUGAGAAUUCUAAAGGAGACUAUCAAAAUAUGUUUCAUUAGUGAUUUUACCAGCUUUAUGAAAAAUACUUUCAUCUUUUUCUCUCAAAUAUCUUGUGCUCGAGAUGAGAUUGAAGUUAACAAACGCUGAAACCCUAUCACGUUUUCUCACUUUUCUUCAGUAUUUUGUUCAUUUUUUAUAUCUCAAUGAAAAUCACUUGACCCGAAUUUAUCAUCAAUCUGUCACAGUGCGCGUGUAAAUCCACUCUGUACAUUCGAGUAAUUUUCUAUAGGAAAAACUGAACUCAUGGAAAACGUUUAAAAAAGUAUAUAUAUAUCAUAUAAUAUCGCUGCACUUUAGUACAAAAAUGCUUCGUUUUAUUUCUGAACAAAUCUUGACAGAAUUGAAUGAAUGAGUCCGUUCGUGUUUGAUGCAUUGCAUUUUUUAUAUAAACAAUAGAUUUCUGGGUAAUUGUACCAUGAAGUCUGGGUUCAUGAUUUUCUCUUCUAUCAAUGAAUGAUGGAAUCUAUAGUGAAGUUGUAAGAUGUGAUUUAUCUCAUAAAUAAUUGCUUUAAGGAGAGAGUGAUAGGAGAAAUUAUUCUUUCUGAUGAGAUUUUCCAAAAAAGGGCUUCAAGCAAUUGCGUCGGAAAUAGCUCGCUACCCGGAUAAUUAUCGAGAAAAAUUCAAGAAUUAAUUCAUCACGUUUUAUCACUUCACUACUGGAAAGAAAGUGAUAAGAAGAGAUGGUGAGACCUGCACGAAAUUCUCAGAAAUGAAUAAAAAAAUUCUAUCAAUGGCAACUGAUUUGUUACUUAGUUGCAAAUCGCAAAUGCGUACAUUUUGAUGAAAGAAUUUAAACGAUAAAUAGAGAAAAAAAACUGUAGAUACGAGAUUUUGUGUUAACGUAUUUUUCCCCCAUUUCCCUUCAUUUUUUUAUUUCAUUUAUUUAGAAUUAGAAAAAUGUUUGUAACGACUGUGAAGUAGAAUAUACUGAAUAAUGUGUACUUUAAUUGUUUAUUUCAUUUUUAAACUGAUCUCAUUAUGAAUGAAGAAACCUUAGUUCAAUAAACUUUCGUAUUUAUAUUACGACUAUUGUUUAUCGGUUCAUUUUUGAUUUUCGAGUGCAAUUACCUUUGAGAUUAAUGAAUUGUUGACUUUCCAUCACUUUUUUUUAGGCAUUUGGCACCUAUCCUUGCUUUUCAAUUUUCUAUAGGAAAACUGAAAUGUAAUGAUCACGAGUAAUUGUAGACUACAAUCAUUGAGACAUUCCUUCGCGAAAAUUGGUAGACUUCACGACGAAUAUUUCAUGAAUUUUUUCCUCAAAGCUCAUCACUGACGCAACCCUCAUAUUAUGAGAAAUUAAAAAUUUGUAUUCUAUAUUAAUAUACAACUCUCAUCGGGAAAAAAUUGACUGAAGACAUUUUCUCCAAAAAUUUUCACGUCUACGAAAAAUGUCUCUCGAUAUUUUCCUCUAAAAUUCCUUGUUUGAUAUUUCAAACUCGACUUAUCAAAUUUAUCUAAAUUAAAUUAUCAGUUGAAUUCUGUUUGCUAACUGUGCCCUUGAAUUGAACAAAAGAUAAACCUAAAUACGAUCUACUAUCUUCCUGUACAUUUAAUAGUUAGCAACAAUGUUUUACGUGUAAAAAAAUGAUGAGCGUGAAGGUAUUUUCGCUCGGAAUAAUAAAUUGGUAUUUUUCAAUGAUUAAAAAUUUCUUUCGUAAAAUAAAAUAAGGCAAAGAAAAAUUGUCAAAUUCGUGACAAGCUUUUGGACAAAGAAAAUCCUCCAUUUAGUCGUACCAAAUGCAUUUAAUUAGAUGACUAAAAAACCACCAUAAAAUAACACGAUUAACUAGUGAAUAAGUGGAAUGAUUAAAUGAUAAAUUUAGUAAACGAUGAAAAAGAUAAAUAAAUUAAAAAAACGAGUUUUCCAGUGCUAACUCCAGGUACUUAAGCAGCUUAAAGGGCCGUUAAGGAUAAACUUAAGAGGUUUUGUAAUGUACAUUUAUAAGAGUUUAACUGAAAUAAACGAGGUAAUGUGCACUUUAGCACCUUCGAACAGUAUUCAGAGCGGUUGUAUUUGCAUUCAUGACUGAUUUAAUCAGUGAUUAUGCCCAAUAAAACAAAUGAAUAACAGAGUAAAGUGAAUUUAUUGGGUUGACAAAAAUUACCCAAAUCAGACGAAUAACUUCAGGCAUUUUGAAAUUAGCACAAACAAAUGGGAUGAAAAAAAACGAGACAAAAAAAUGAAGAGAAAUGCAGAAAAUAAAAGAUAAAACGGAAUGGUAGUGAUAGGAGCAUUAAAUGCAUCGUACUCCUCUCCUGCUAUUCUGUAAAUACUUAGUAUUAGUGCGAGAAUAGUUUUAAUCGCUCUGUAAUUAUAAAAGGAAAAUCGUGGCGAAUGAGAGAUCGAGAGAUGAGUAACUAUUGAUACAGAUGAUUGUAUCGAUAAAAACUGGCGUUUUUAGAUGAAAAAAAAAACAUUA